GGCGUCCUGUACUUCAUGAACAAUGGGCGUGUUUUUGUGACCGAUCUGUUUGGAUUUCCGUCGCAAACCCAAUGCUGUUGUGUCUCUUUACACCCUUGGUCGCUGUAGCCUAGCGGAAAAGACAUGUCACGUGAGCGGUUGACCUCGCUGCCCAUGCCGGAGGACAGGACAAGGUCUGACCGCCUGUCACGUGACCGACUGUCCUCCCUGGUGCUGAAAAAAGACGCCCCGGAGGAGAAGGCAGAUGAGGAAGACGAUGAACGGGAUAGGAAAGGAGGGCUGUUUGCCAAGUACGGCAGGAAGGUUGCCUUGGCAACGAGGCUUAUCCGCAAGAAACCGAAAGAAGACGAACAGGACGAUCAAGUUGACUCUGUCAAGAGAAAAUUUCUUUUCGACACCAAGCUAACUUUGAUCGGUUCCAAACUGAUGCACGCCCUGGCGGACCAAGAGGAGGUGGUGGACAUCCAUGACGUCAUCGACAUGGAUGACGAGGGGAUAGAAGACUUCGUGGCGCGGCGGGUGGGCGCCAUGUUGGACACCAUGAUCUUCCGACUCAUUGUCUUCGGCCUGAUCAUCGUCAACUCCGUCCUCAUCGCCAUGCAGACGGACGAACAGCUGUCCAUCGACUACGCGGCGCUGUUCUCCAUCUUUGACCAGUUCGUGCUGACGAUCUUCAUGUGGGAGAUCCUGCUGAAGUGGUACUACGGGUUUGCCGUCUUCUGGAAGGAGAGCUGGAACAUCCUGGACUUCGUCAUCAUUUUGGCCCUACUGCUGGGGCCGACUCUGAAGUUCCUGGGCAGCAGCAGGAUCCUAAGAAUCCUUCGGGUCCUUCGAGCGUUCCGGAGCCUGCGCAGUGUCAGCGCCCUGACUGGACUGUCUAUGAUCGUGCAGACCGUCAUGCAGUCUAUACCAGACAUGGCGAACAUCGUGCUGCUGCUGCUGAUCCUGCUGACCGUGCUGGGCGUGUCCGGCGUCACGCUCUUCGGCAAGCAGGUGGAGCAGUUCAGCGACCUGCCGACAGCCAUGUUCUCGCUGUUUAUCUGCGUGACUCAGGACGGGUGGAUGAAGAUAUUCACCAAGUUUCGGGACCUUGGCGGAAACUACGUGAUGGGCGGGGCUAUCUACUUCAUGAUCUCCAUAACUAUCGGCGCUUUCGUUUUCGCCAAUCUGGUGGUCGCCGUGGUGGUCACAAACCUGGACAAAGCGAUGAAAGAAGUGAAUGAAGAACGGAAAAAAAUGGAAGAUACUUUGUCCACCAAGCCAAAAGAUCACCCAGGGGAUUCAGACGAUGCCCACAAACACAGUGGAGCGGACAAGGUCCCCCUGUUCUACAUGUCGGACUUGCUCAGGCAUGUGCAUGUUGGGAACCAAGUGCCUCUACAGCACGUGGACCUGCGGAAGUUAUCCCUGGACAGGGUGGAGAACUACCUGCUGAUUCUGGUCACCAUGGAGAAGAACCUGGCCGAGUACAAGGAGCUGCGGCAGCAGCUGGAACAGAUCUUCACUACCGUUCAUGGCCUGAACCAGAAGAGAACAGAGGUCCAGCAGUCGUCUUCUUCCUCCCGCAUGCUGGCCAAGCUCAGGCUCAUAGCAGAGGACUCAGUGGACCCAAACCUGGGGACCAAAGGAGACAUCCUGUCAAACCUGAUGGCCGUGAAGGUUUCUGGGCCCGAGCCUGAGGCUCAGUCCUUUGCUGCCAGGUCACGCAAGCGCUCUUCAGUCAUCGCACCUGGCGAGUAUAAAGACUACAUCUCCGAGGCUGCCAAGCAGAUUGCACGCCGCAAUUUAUCAGUGUCUACCUAGCGAGACUACUUCCUGUGAGAAAGGAAUCUGCCAGCCUGGCUGCCAUCCUAGUUAUGUAACUGGGACUCCUAUUCUCAGCUUUACCCUACUAGGUAAAGAAGGAGUACAAAGCCUGCAAUAAAGAUGAAGUGAAAACAAAAACAAAA